UUUCUCUCAAAGCGAGAGAGCGAGAGAGAUCGAUGAGGGUGGUGGGAUUGACGGGAGGGAUAGCAUCAGGGAAGAGCACCAUCUCGAAUUUCUUCAAAUCCGAAGGCAUUCCCGUCGUCGAUGCAGACAUCGUCGCCAGAAAUGUGUUAAGAAAAGGAACUGGUGGGUGGAAAAAGGUUGUAGCAGCUUUUGGUGAUAGUAUUUUACUGGAGAAUGGAGAAGUUGAUCGAGCUCUUCUCGGACAAAUAGUCUUUGCCGAUCCAGAAAAACGGCAACUGCUAAACCGGUUACUAGCCCCAUAUAUCUCAUCAGGCAUUCUAUGGGAAGUUGUAAAACUUUGGUUGAAGGGUUCUCAAGUAAUCAUUCUCGACAUUCCACUCUUAUUUGAAGCUAAAUUGGACCGGUUUACAAAGCCUAUCAUCGUCGUAUGGGUUGACCCAAAUACUCAGCUCCAACGACUCAUGACGAGAGAUGGAAUACCCGAAGAUCAGGCAAAAAAUCGGAUUAACGCUCAGAUGGCUCUUCAUCUUAAGAGGACUAAAGCGAAUAUUAUAAUUGAUAACUCUGGAUCUCUGGAUGAAACAAGGGCACAGUUUGAACAGGUACUGAAAGAGGUGACCAGUCCAUUGAAAUGGACGGAAUUUAUCGUCUCUAGAAACGGUGUUGUUUCGGUUAUUGUAUCUGCUGCUGUUGGUGUUUUGGCAGUACAGAAACAUUUUUCUCGGUUAUAAGUAUUAUGAUCAGAAUGAUCUAAUCUAAAUUCUCUGGAUGGUCAGAGUUAUUCUGGUUUGAAGCCACUCUGCAAUGUUGUAACUUUGUUCAUCUUCUUUCUUACUGUUUUUGUUUUGUAAUUUAUAGUCAGUUUAUUAUUUGUAUUAUAUUUCUUAAUCCUAGAUAUUUGGCUUUUAAGGCCACACGUAUUGAUGCUCUUUUGAUAUUA